AUGAACACGCGGAUGUUAAGGGAGCAGUGCAGAGAUGAGGUGGAGCGCGUGACAUCGCUGGCAGCGGAGCUGGGCGAGGGGGUGGAGGCGCUGAGGAAGCAGAUGGCGGAGUGCGCGCAGCAGAAGGCGGACGCCCUGGCCUACCGCACCGCCAAGGCGCAGGAGGCUGCUGACUCGCACUCCGUGGUGGACCGUGAGAUGGCGGCCCUGCAGGCCAGGAAGGCGGAGCUGGAGGAGGAGCUGAGCAAGGUGCAGAGCGCCAUAGACAGCUUGAGCAAGAAGCAGGGGAAGGUGCGCGAGGAGAAGGAGCAGUUCAGCAUGGCCAGCAGCAGCAUCGUCAGCCACCUUGCAGCGCAGGAGGCGCGGCUGAAGGCGUCGAUGGAGGAGCAUGAGGGCGAUGGGAGGGCGCUGGAGGAGUGGAGAAAGUUCCUGCAGCGCACGUGGCAGCUGCAGUCCGCCGCCCUCGAGGAGCAGGAGAAACGCCUCAAGGAGGAGGCAUCAGCCCGCAGGGACCGGCUCUUUGCCGCUGCCACAUCGCAUCUGCACCUCUGUCAGGCCCAGCUGGAGUCAUUCUGGGGCAGGGCCAAGGCAGUGGUGGGUACGCUGGAAGGCAUUCACAACAAGAGGGCGGGCAUGGUGGCAGAUGGCAUGGACGCGGUGGUGGCGGACAUCUCGCUGCGCCGCCUGCACUGGGAGGAGCGCUUCCUCGCCGCUGACAUCCAGGUGAAGCGGUGCAUGGGAGAGGCGGAGCUGGCCCUCAAGGACGUGCGCUCGUGGAUGGACUCCCUCGCCUCGCCCUCCCCGUACGUCCAUCCCCCACCAGCCCCCAAUCCCCCCCCUGUGCCAUGGCCCCACACUCGCUUCGUACCUGAGCAUGCCAAAGCCUGCCUCUCAACACGCCAACGCUCUAUCUGUUCGUUUAAGUCUCUGAGGAUACUUUCCACUGGGCUUCCGCAUGGCAGUUGCUUGUCAUGGCAGUUGCUCGCCAUCCCGGCCGUGGCAGCAAUGGCGUCACACCUGCCAGGCUGCCAGGGGGCUGCAAGCCGCCUCACCCUCACUGCUCACACACUGUGCGCUGCCUCUCUCGCUGCCCCUUUCCGACCUUUCCCCACUCCACCGUGUCCCCCCAGCGAGGACGUGGCACGGGUGAACGCACUGAGGGUGCGCGGGGUGGAGCUCGACGCACUGCUCGCUGACAUCCGUGCCGCCCCGCGCCCCGCCCUCUCCAUCUCCCACCCCUCCGUGCUCCGCGUGCCGCGCAUCUCUCCUGCCUCGCCGCCCACCGCCACGGCACCUGCGGCGCCCACAGCAGCACCUGCCCCGGGUGCCACCUUCCCCGCCACCGUCGUCAUUGCUCCCGUGGGAAGCGCAUCCACCGCCCUCAACGCACCUCCCCCUGCACCUGCUGUCGGGCCGGCAGGACCGCGCCGCCCGUUCAAACCGUCGCUGCAGAUCGGAGGGGAUGCGGCGGGCGGCAUGGGCGGCGGAGCGCCGGAGUCGCCCGAGGACGGCGCGCCGAUGACGCCGUUUGUGAUUUCGGGCGGCAUGCGCCGCCCGCAGGGAGGCGGGUUCCGCGACGAGCAGGGCCGGCUGAGACGCCCCGCGAGAAAGCCCGGUGUGGCGUCGAUCGCUGAGGGCGUGGAGGGGCCAGGUGACAAGGGCGGGGGGGAGGGCGGGCAACGGAGCAGUGAGGUUGAGCGUGAGGAGGGAGUGGUGGGUGAUGGGGUCUCAGAGGGAGAAGUGGGUGAAAAGGCUGAUUCCGAGGCAGAAGAGAAGGGGAGUGCGGAUGGCAAGGUGACAUGGUGA